AUGUGACUCGCAAUAAGAUACUCAAGUGUCAGACGGGAAGUCCGAGUCAAAAUGUUUUGCUCCAAGUAUGUUUUAGCGUUUCUUUUACUGGGCACGUUUUGUACUUUUGCUAACUGUUUAUAUUUCCAUAUUGGGGAAACGGAAAGAAAAUGCUUCAUUGAAGAAAUUCCGGAUGAAACAAUGGUGACAGGGAACUAUAAACUUCAGCUGUAUGAUCCACGUACUGGAGGUUUCAUGCCAUCUUCCCCAGGACUUGGUAUGCAUGUGGAGAUCAGAGACCCCGAUGACAAAAUUCUCCUGUCUAGAGUGUACAGCAGUGAAGGACGGUUCACAUUUACCUCUCAUACACCGGGAGAACACGUCAUCUGCCUGUACUCCAACUCUACCAAAUGGUUCUCUGGAUCACAACUGCGUGUGCAUUUUGAUAUCCAGGUGGGUGAGCAUGCUAUUGACUAUGCCAAUGUGGCACAAAAGGAGAAGCUGACAGAACUGCAGCUUAGAGUCCGACAGCUGCUGGACCAGGUUGAUCAAAUUUCAAAGGAACAGAAUUACCAGAGGUAUCGUGAAGAACGCUUCCGACAAACUUCAGAAAGCACCAAUCAGAGAGUCCUGUGGUGGUCCAUUGGCCAAGUGUGCAUCCUGCUUGGUAUGGGCUUCUGGCAAAUGCGCCAUUUGAAGAGCUUCUUCGAGGCAAAGAAAUUGGUAUAAUUAAAGCGUAUCAAAAUUCCUAAUGUACAUUUUAUUAAGGUAGUGAUGCUACUUGUAUGGCAAUUGCAAGAAAUAUAUUUAGGACACCAUUGGAUAUUUAUAUCCCAGAAAUUGUUUUUGAAUCAACGGUAAAAAGAUUUUAAGUUUUUUCGAUGGCUAGACAGAAGCUAAAACACAAAUCCAUUUGACUGAAGCUAUAAAGGUAAAAAUGAAGAUUGUGAUUUAGAAGUUAUGUGCUGGGUACAUAACCCAGUUAUGAUAUUUUAUAAUAGUUGAAUACAAAUUUUCCCCGAGUAGCUUUGGGUUCAAGAAGAUAUUUAAAGGUCCAAGUCGAAUUUCAUUAGCAUGUAAUAAUAAAAUUUUGAAAUACUAUGUUAGGGUUUAUGCAAUUUAAGGUAUUUUCUCAUGUUUGAAGACAAACUUUUCUUUUGAAAUAAUGUAUUUCAGCCAUCAUUAAAUGCAUUUUUAAAGUGUAUUGUUUGGAGAUAUAUAAUUUCAUCUACAAUGAAAUUUAUAUUUUGAUACUGUAUUUGGAAUUGGUUCUCGAGGAAUAUUUUAAUUACUAUAUUAGCAUUCAAGGUUUUAUGUUCUGAUGUGAUGUAAAUGUAGCAAAUUUGUGAUAAUUGUAUUACAAAUAAAUAAUUUUAACUU